GUAGUGCGCAUGCGCAGUGACGACCCCCUUUGUUGUGGCCCGAUAACUAGAAGCGUUGGACUCAUCUUUUAUUUUCUUCUUCCUCCCUCAUAAUUCGUUUUUGCUUUUGAGCGUACAAACUCCACACGUUAGCAUGUUUAAACACGCUAUUCAGAAUUUUAGCAUUAGUUUUGACAGCCGCGUGGUUAACGGGAAACCCACCUUUUCCAAAGGCGACAUGGUGACGGGACACAUCUCCUUUGACCUCAGCAAGGACACCAGCGUCACGUCUCUCACGAUAAAGCUGAAAGGAGGCGCCAGCGUCCACUGGUCCAGCGGGUCCAGAAAACACCGGCGGUACCACAGCGCCAAAGUGGACUUCUUCAGUUCAGAAAGCGCCAUCCUACAGGAGAAACAAGGGGCCAUCAGCACCGGACAAGAAAAACUACAGGCCGGCAGGCAUGUUUUUCCGUUUUCCUGUCAGCUUCCUCAAGGAGAUUUCCCAUCAUCCUUCCACGGAGUUCAUGGGCAGAUAGAAUACACGCUGACCGUGAGCAUCCACAGACCGUGGCAUUUGUCCAAGGACUUUGUGACUGAGCUGAACUUUGUGAACCACGUUGACACCAACAAGCCAGACUUAUGGGCUCCCCUUAUAGGCUCAAACAGCAAGACCUUGUGCUGUCUGUGGUGUGCUUCAGGUCCAAUCACGAUGACCGUCAAGGCAGAGAAGACAGUCUUCAGUCCAGGAGAAACUGCCAAAAUCACCUGUGAGUUCAGCAAUGCUUCAUCCAGGACAGUUACUCCACGGCUGAAGCUACAACAGAAGCAGGCUUUCUUUUCCCACGAGCGGACCACUGCAAAGGUUGUCUGCCUGCAUCUGGCGUCUGUGACCGGAGAAUCUGUCGGGCCAAACACGUCCGACGUGCACUCAGAGAUCAAGCUCCAUAUUCCUUCAUCUGCAUCCUGCACCAUCUCGCAUUGCAGCAUCCUUGAAGUCCACUACAAUAUAGAGGUGAGCCUCUGUAUAAAAGGUUCCCAUGACCUGACAGUGCUGUUUCCCAUCAUACUGUGCGACACACCCACACACAAUCCUCCCUCUUUUUUAUCAUGAGCAUAUUUAUUAAAUGUAGACAUACUGGAAUAAGGUAGAGAUUAAGCCUUCACAAAAUACCAACCGGAAGUGUACUUUAACUUUGCUAUUCUUUCAAAAAAAAGUUCAAACAUGACUUGUUUUGAGUUUCAUUGUGUUUGAUACCACUGAACUGAUUUAAUGUUACAAUUUAAAAAAACAUUUAUGUCUUAACUUGUUUUUUUUUCUGGUUUUUAUUCAUCAGCUUUUUGUCAGCUGUUGGUUUAGAUUUGUUUUUUUCUACAUUUUAUGUCUGAACAUUUUUGGUUUUAUCACAGCAGAUUUACCUUAAAGUGCUAUGGGAACCUAUCAGGGCUCUUCUACAGAUCUACCUCUCCAGGUUUUAGUUUUACCUCUAUGUUACAGGUAGAGGUUUGCUUUAUUAGAAAAGUGUUUGUAAGAAAUCAUCCAUGAGAAGUAAGACGUUACCAUUUGAAAUGACCUUUUUCCCAUUCUAUCAUCUCUCUCCUGCAAAUGAGCUUUUAAAAGUUUCUGAAAUAUAAGUAUUGAAAUUAUUCAAUGAGACGUUCUAUUACACUCGUAUUGAUAUGGGAUUUUCAGAUUCAAAUCAGAAGUUGUGUGCCAGUAGCCUUUGAAUGAUCUGAAACUUCUGUUCCAGUUUCCUCCAGAAAUUGUAAUUAAUAAUUUUACCAGCAGGGGGGGCUAGAAAUUACCUAAUUAAUGUCUUAGUUUUUAGAACCAAUUAGAAGCUUUAGAAAAUGGAUCUACAUCUUAUUGUCUUUGAAAAAGGUUGGAGUAUAAAGUUUUGCCAACUUCAGAACUUAUUGUAUUGUUUCUUUUCAAGUAAGUUCCAGUGUAAUUCUGAUUCUGAUAGGACAUUUUUUAACACCAGUCAUUAAAAAAAAA